UCAGGGCGGGACCAACCCGCUGACACCCCCCCACCCCCCCUCCAGGCCUCCGCCCUCCUGGGCCUUCCGGGAUCCCCGCCCCCUGGGCUCCCUGGGGACCCGGGGAGGGUGCCCCGCGCUCAGGUCUCCACGCCCCAAGCUUUCGCCCCAGGGAGCGCAGAGCUGCCCGCCCCACUUCCGCGACGGGACUGGGGGGGGGGGGGCGGGGCGGGUCACCAGUGGGGCCCGGGGGUGGGGCCUUCCCGAAGGGGCAAGGCCAAGGCUGCGCGAAUGAGGUCUGGCGGGAGGCCGGGUGGCAGGUUAUUAAGGCUGGAUGCCCCAGGUAUUGGGGUCAGGGUGGCAUUAGCCCAGCUCAAGCCAGGUUGGGCUGACUCAGCACGCAGCUCCGGGCCACCCCUAUCCCCGUCGCCUGUGCUCUCCCUCUGGGCAGAGAUGGGAGAUGGCGCCGGUGUUGCCCCUGGCGCUGCGCCUCCAGCCCCGCAUCCGUCUGGCCCAGGGGCUCUGGCUCCUCUCCUGGUUGUUGGCGCUGGCCGGAGGCUUCACCCUCCUCUAUAGCGGGCACCUUUCGGUCCAGGUGUGUCACCUUGGCACCUUCCUGGCUCCCUCUUGCCCCUUCAACGCCCUGCCCAAGGUUGCCCUGGGAGCUGGUGCAGUGGCUGUGGGCACAGGACUGCUGGGCGCAGGGGUCAGCAGGGCCAGUCUGGAUGCAGCACAAUAUCCUCCCUGGCGAGGGGUCCUGUGUCCGCUGCUGGUGGCUGGCACCGUAGGAGGCGGCGGACUCCUGAUCUUCGCUCUGGGGCUGGCGCUGGCUGUUCCGUGGAGUCUGGACAGCGGGCUGGAGGAGGGCCUGGGCACCGCCUUGGCUCACUACAAGGACACCGAGGUGCCGGGACACUGUCACGCCAAACGGCUGUUGGAUGAGCUGCAGCUGUGGCACCACUGCUGCGGGCGCCAUGGGUACAAAGAUUGGUUUGGGAUCCAGUGGGUCAGCAGCCGUUAUCUGGACCCCAAUGACCAGGAUGUGGUCGACCGGAUGCAGAGCAAUGUGGAAGGCCUGUAUCUGAUUGAUGGUGUCCCUUUUUCCUGCUGCAACCCCCACUCACCCCGACCUUGCCUGCAAAGCCGGCUCUCAGACCCCCACGCCCACCCCCUCUUCGAUCCCCGGCAGCCCAACCUAAACCUCUGGGCUGAAGGGUGCCAUGGGGUGCUGCUUGAGUACCUGCAGGGACUGGUGAACACCAUGGCCAACGUGCUGGCUGUCACCCUCCUGCUGCAGACGGUGGUACUAGUGGGCCUGCGGUAUCUGCAGACAGCACUGGAGGGACUUGGAGGUGUCAUCGAUGCAGAGGGGGAGACCCAGGGCUAUCUCUUUCCUUGUGGGCUGACAGACAUGCUGAAAGCAGUCUGGCUGCAGGGAGGGCUUGUCCACAGGCCAGCACCUGAGGAGGCCCCCAAAGAAGAGCCAUCUCCCAUGGAGGAUUCACCUGAGGCCUAGUGAUCUGGAGUUCGGGGUUAGGAUCAGGAGUGGAGGGAGGAGAGAGAUGGACAAGACUAGCAUCCUCAAAACCCCUUCCCAGUUUUCCAGGAUGGGAUGCCUGGGAUUUAAAGGGGUUAAGGAGAGUCGACAAGGGCUGGGGACAUAGCAGAGCAGUAGUACACAGGGUUUGCACUGGAGACAUCCCAGCUUCCAUACCCAGCACCACUAAUAGCCAGAGCCGACUUAUGCACUGGUACAAACAAAAAAACAAAACUAGGGAUAUAGCUUAGGCUGUUCGCAUAUUAGUUUGCAUGCCCGAGGCCCUAGAAGUCACACUUUCAAUCACUGACACCACCUUAUACUAGAGUUGUUCAGUGUGCUGAUCCUUUGCUUUUUUCUUCUUCUUCUUCUUCUUUUUUUUUUUACCAGAAGACUGAUCAGCUUAUGGUGGUGUGGGGAAUUGAAUCUGGGGCUUUGGAGCCUCAAGCAUGAGAGUCUCUUUGCAUAACGAUUAUAAACCCUGCCCCCUUUUUUAAUAUUGUUAAUAUUUCAUUUAGCUUAGUAUGUAUUUUAAUCAAGAGAGAAACACUAGUGCACUGCUCAACUCUGUCUCACAGUGGUGCUGGGGACUGAACCUAAGACCAUGGGACUUGAGACAUGAAAGUCUUUUGUAUCAGCCCUCUUUUCCUCUUAAAUAAAAAGGGAGUGGGGGAGUCGGGCUGUAGCGCAGCGGGUUAAGCGCAGGUGGUGCAAAGCACAAGGACCAGCAUAAGGAUCCCGGUUUGAACCCGGCUCCCCAUCUGCAGGGGAGUCGCUUCACAGGCGGUGAAGCGGGUCUGCAGGUGUCUUUCUCUCCCCCUCUCUGUCUUCCCCUCCUCUCUCCGUUUCUCUCUGUCCUAUCCAACAACGACGACAAUAAUAACUACAACAAUAAAACAACAAGGGCAACAAAAGGGUAUAAAUAAAAUAAAAUAUUUUUAAAAAUUAAAAAAAAUAAAAAGGGAGUGGCUCGAAAAUAGGGAGCUGAACUGGGUUUGGGAGUGGAGGGAAUCAAGAUCUGAUUGUCUAGUCAUUGAGGCCAGAACCAGCAGGAAACAGAAAACCCAGGGUGAUGGGGAAGUAUCUUGGGAAGGGCUGAGGGCUGCUUCGGUGUACAGACUCAAUAAAGCUUCCAGAGUGAAACCGCUGAACUUU